AUGACGCCGGCGACGGCGAUCUCCGGCUCCAGCGGCCACCUCGUCGUCUCCUCCCCCCGCCUCAGGCAGCCGCUCACGCUCCCUCCGCGCACCGCUCGCCCAAUCGCCGCCGCCGCCGCCGCCGCGUCGCCGGUGGCCCGCCGCGGGGUCUCGGUCGCCGCCGUGUCCAGCCCCGCUGUGUCCGCCGCCACGGGGAAGGAUGCCAAACAGGCUCCUAAGGAUUUCCUUCAUAUCAAUGAUUUUGACAAGGAUACAAUAAUGGGUAUCCUUAAUCGAGCGAUCGAGGUUAAGGCAGCGAUAAAGUCUGGAGACAGGAGCUUCCAACCGUUCCAAGGGAAAUCAAUGGCGAUGAUUUUUGCCAAGCCAUCAAUGAGGACCCGUGUUUCAUUUGAGACGGGAUUCUUCUUACUUGGUGGGCAUGCUAUUUAUUUGGGUCCAGAUGAUAUCCAGAUGGGCAAGCGUGAGGAGACUCGUGAUGUUGCUCGAGUACUUUCUGGCUAUAAUGACAUCAUUAUGGCUAGGGUCUUUGCUCACCAGGAUAUUCUGGACUUGGCAAAAUAUGCACCUGUACCUGUCAUAAAUGGUCUCACCGACUAUAACCAUCCAUGCCAGAUAAUGGCUGAUGCACUUACUAUGCUUGAGCACAUUGGUCGUAUUGAAAACACUAAGGUUGUCUAUGUUGGAGAUGGGAACAACAUUGUGCACUCAUGGCUUCUAUUGGCUGCUGUACUUCCUUUUCACUUUGUAUGUGCUUGUCCCAAGGGAUUUGAGCCUGAUGCGAAGACUGUGGAGAUCGCCAGGAGUGCUGGAAUCAGUAAGAUUGAAAUAACAAACGAUCCCAGGGAAGCAGUUAAGGGAGCAAAUGUUGUGUAUACAGAUGUUUGGGCCAGCAUGGGCCAAAAGGAAGAAGCUGAUUAUAGAAAGCAGAAGUUCCAGGGAUUCACGGUGGAUGAAGCCCUGAUGGAGAUUGCUGGGCCACAGGCCUACCUUAUGCACUGUUUGCCCGCAGAGAGAGGAGUGGAGGUGACAGACGGUGCCAUCGAGGCUCCCAACUCAAUCGUGUUCCCCCAGGCUGAGAACAGAAUGCACGCUCAGAAUGCCAUCAUGCUUCACGUGCUCGGUGCUUAA